AUGGGUAGUCAAGAGUCGUUCGGGCAUGUGGGUAUACUGAAUGGGAACGCUAUUACUCCAUAUGGAAUUGGGUUUGAGCAAUUGGGUAGUGAAAACGGUUCGGAGCCUGUGGAUGGUGAGGAUUUGACUGAUUUAAUGGUUACGGGAGACAGGUUAGGGCAGGUGAAUAACCAUGAGAAGGAAAAGGCAAAUUUAGCUGAUGAGGUGUUGGAAGACUUGGAGGAGUAUUGGGAAGAUAUGAGCGACCGGUUAAUGAUUUCACGGAUGGUGAGUGAUUCAGUUAUAAAGGGGAUGGUGAAUGCCGUGGAACAAGAGGCGGCUGAAAAAAUUGCAUCCAAAGAUUUGGAAGUGGCAAAACUGAAGGAGCGAUUACUGUCCUGCAAUGUGGGUGUUGAUAAAUUUGAGUCUUUAGAGCCACAUGUAUUGCCAAGUAAUUUAGAAAAUGGGAAUUGUGUUAGGCGCUUGAUUUUAUCAGAUGCAUAUAUGGACCAGGAUAGAGUCAGGGAGUUUUUUUGCAGUUUAAGAAAUGAGGCAAGAGAGCAGUUCAAGAAGGUUAAGAAGGAGAUCAAUGGUGUGAGAGGGUGUAAUAACAUUAAAAGGAUUGGUUCAGGUUCUCAGUUGUUAGGUUUGGGUGAAAUCUUGCACGAGAAGCAAUCAGAAAGCUGGCUGUGUGUGGAUAGGACACUAGAUCAUUUAAAGAAUACGGUGGACACCAUCUGCACACGGGUGGAUGAUAUGCUUCACUUGUCUAAGAAACCACUUGUCGAAUGGAAGCAGGAGAGACAUAUCCAAGGAGAAAUUGAGGAUAUGGUGAUGCAGAGUGUAAUUAGGAGUCUUCAAGAGGAGUUUGAAGAGAAACUAAUGGAACGAAAUGCUCAAUUUUGUGGCAGUCCCAUCAUGAAUUUGCUAGAAAAGUUUGAUGAUAUUUCUGGCUUACGCAUCAAGUUAGAUUCAAUUCUUGACUCGCUUUCUCAUCCUGAAACAGAGUUAAUUUCCCAUGGAUCCCAUGAUAUGGAUCAUAUUCACAGUAAGGGCUUGAGCAACGAUGUUAAACCACCGACAACUCUUUUGGAGGGAAAUGGGAAACUGAAGGCAUCUAAAACUGACGCCCCUGAGAACUUUGAGCAUGCGCAGUUAAAGCACUUGUCGAAGGAAGAACUGGUGAAUUAUUUUAAUGAUAUCAUAACAAAGAUGAAGAGAGACCAUGAGUCUGCUUUGCUAGAAAAGACUGAAGAAUGUUUUACUCUAAAGCGGAAGUACCUUAAACAGAAGAGUUCUUUUAUGUCCUAUAGAAAAGAUGAGGAGUUUGACGUGUUGAGGAAAACUAUUCCUGAAAUUAUUUCAAAACUGGAUGAUGUCCAUUUAGAAACAGAGAAAUUUUCUGAAUUAACUAGUAAUGUGGAGUGUCUGGUUAACUUGAAGGAUAGAAUCAACACCCUUCUCCGUGAAAAUCGUCAUCUGAGAGAUGCACUUACUGAUAAGAAAAAUGAAGUAAAAUGUCUGGAAGCACAGGUUUCUGAUGCCGCAAGGAAAAUUUUGCAGCAUUCUGCGGCUGAGGAAGACAAGCUAAAGCUUCUAGGAAAUCUUAAUUCAGCAACCGAAGAUAUGCGUAUAGAAGCUUUACUCACUGAAGAAGUCUACAAAUGUGUUUUGAAGGAGCUGGAUGGACAGAUGAGAUGUGACACUGAAGACACCAACAUGGAGUUUCUUAUUAUGAGGGAAGUUUAUGAAAUACUUCUCAGUGGAGCAGCUGUCCCUGCUGAAACUACAAGUGGAUAUGAAAUUGAAGAUUCAGAUAUUGAAUCACUGAUCAUGCAAGGACUAUGUGGACUGUUAUUUAGGGAAGCCACCAGGGACACUGAGGGAAAAAUCAAGGAGUUGUAUCAGGAAUAUUUGAUUGAGAAUGAAAAGAGAAUCUCUCUAGAAUCCAAAACUCUUGAAAAGGAAAAUGAAUUAAGGUUGGUGGUUCAAGAAAAGGAAAGAUUAAAGAAAGAGCUACUCAAGCUGGAAAAAUCAAUAGAAGAGAAAAAGGAGUUUGCAACGGAGUUAUUAACAACAUUGGCAAAAGAGAAUGCACAGUUUGAGCUAGCUUCUCGAGAGCUAAAUAGAUUAAGAGAACAUGCAACUUGGCAGGAAUCGUUGGUUACAGAGAGUAGCAAGGAAUUAGAGUUAGUAAAGGGUCAGCUGCAAGAAGUGUUGGAGCGAAUUAAAGAAGAUGACGUGAAAAUAAAUGUAUUGAAUCAAAAGCUUGAACAGAGCAUGGAGGAGUUGAAGGAAGCUAGUGAGAAACGAAAAUUGGCUGGUGAUCUUGCCCAAGAAAGAUAUGAAAAUCGAGAGAAGGAACUAAUUAAGCAAAUGGACCUGGUAUCAAUAAUGCAUGGUGAUUUUGGCAUCAAAAUAUUAGAAAGUAUCAAGAAUAAUAACUCAAGGUUGGAAGAUGCACAAUCUGAUUUGAAAUGUCUUACUGAGGUAGCUAAUGAUCUCAGAAGAACUGGUCAGAUGUACAAACAGCGAUUCGAGAGGAGAUGUGCGGACCUUCAAAUGGCUGAGGUUGAGGUCGAUCUUUUGGGGGAUGAGGUGGAUGCUCUUUUAAGUUUACUCAACAAGAUAUACAUUGCACUCGAUCAUUACUCGCCAGUUUUACAGCACUAUCCUGGAAUUAUUGAGAUCCUUAAGCUCGUUCGAAGAGAAUUAACUGGAGAAGCCACUAAGACAAAUUGA